AUGUCGGAUCGUCCCGAGGGCAUUCAUCACCGGCAUCGCGACUACUAUUCCGAGUCGUCGCCCAUCCCUUCCAUACAGAGGUUCUUCAAAAAGGGACUCUCGGAAGUGAUUGCAAAGCGCAACGAUCCCGACUCCGAGUCGGACUCGGACGAAACCGACAAUGGCCAGGAUGCGCCCGCUCAGCUCGACGCCCACCUGGCGCGCACCCAGCCUGCCGACGAGGGAACGCUGAGCAGCAAUCCGACGGCGCAAGGUGAAGAGGCAUCCAGCAAGAAGUCAACCAAGAAGCGCAUGUCCAGCCUCUUAUCUGGUUCCAAGCAUUCAAAGGAGAACGGCCAAGACCUCGCCGACGACAAAGACUUGUCGCUCCAGGCCGAGCCCGACGAGCGCCAAGUCGGCGAGAGCGGCAAGCAGGCACAUCGACGGCCCGAAGAGGUCGACAAGGCCUACAAGCGCAGUCGCAAGCCUCGUCAGGUGCAGGACCCCAUCACCGGACAGACUACUUGGGUUCACGAUAUCGGCAAGCGCGAGUACCGCCGCACGCUGCGCAUGGCCGAUGCCGGUGAUGCCGCCGGCCGAGAAAACGUCCUUCGCUCUCGCCUCGCCGACAACGUCACGUCGCAGGCAUUCCCUCCUGCUCAGCCACUGCCGGACUCGGUCUCAAAGAUCCAUCCCGGUCUGCUCCCCGUCUUUGCUACCUGGGCCCUGCUGACCGGUCUAGGCUGGAUAUCACCACUCAUCAGUGUCGCGCUCAAUGCGUGGAUGCUGUGGUGGGCAUGGCGCACGCUAUUGUCCGGCGCAGAGGAUCAAAGAUGGCACCAGGAGCGACUGCGAGGCGAGCAGACACGAGCCUUUGACACUCAAGCCCAGGGCGAGGGCGACGACAGCUACAAUCAGGGAAUCUCCGAGGGUGCCGAAUGGCUCAACGCCAUUCUCGACUCGCUGUGGUCCGUCAUGAACCCCGAGCUCUUCUCCACUCUCGGAGGCACUCUGGAAGAUGUCAUGCAGGCUUCCAUUCCUGGUUUCAUCCAUUCGGUCAAGGUGGAAGACCUCGCCCAAGGCUCCACCCCCGUUCGCAUCACAGGACUUCGCAUCCUUCCCGAGGACCAUGUCGAGAGCCUCAAGCAGGACAUGCGCAAGCAUGUCAAGGAACAACAAAGGGAUCUAGGAAGUGCGCCUCACGAGGACGGUAGCGACACUGGCAACCAUCACACGGGAAGCAUCAUCGAACGCGAAGCCAAGAGACAGGAAGAAGCGGGGACCGGCGAGCAGUACGUCAAUCUCGAGCUCGCCUUCGUCUACCGCGCUCGGCCCACCUCGAGCACCGUCGGUGCAAAGGGUCGAAAUGCACACCUCCUCAUCAAGUUCUGGAUCGGAGCCCGCAAGCUGCUCAUGCUGCCCCUUCCUGUCUGGGUCGAGAUCAAAGGCUUCGUCGGCGUCGUUCGCGCGCGCGUCCAGCUCACCUCCGACCCGCCCUUUGUCAAAAAUGUCACCUUCACCUUCUGUGGCUUGCCCCGCGUCGGCAUCGAGGUGGUCCCUCUGCACAUCAACACGUCGCACAUUCCUUUCCUGUCGAGCUUCAUCGAGAGCUCCAUCGACGCUGCCGUCGGCGAGUUCGUCAUGCCCUCGUCACUCACCAUGGACGUUGGAGAGAUGCUUAUGGGCGAUAACAUCAAGCGAGAAGUCAAUGCGCUCGGUGUCGUCGUCGUCUACAUCCACUCGGCCGAGGAUCUCGAGGCACAGGACCUGCGCGGUGGCUCGGAUCCCUACUGCACCCUCAGCCUCGCCAAGGUCGGCAAGAUCCUUUACAGCACACGCGUCGUGCUGAGCGAGCUUUCGCCGCGCUGGGAGGAGCGACAUGUGAUCUUGGUCACGAGGGAGCAUCUCGACUCGCAAGACAAGGUCUCCAUCGCGCUUUGGGACUCGGACCGCUUCUCGGCCGACGACAUGCUCGGCUGUGCCGAAGUUCCCUUGGUGGAUCUUGCGAAGCAUCCCAACCGGCUCUACAGGCGACGAGACACGCUCACGGGCUUGGACCGCGAAAGGACCAAGCAGGGCACGGUCUCUUGGAGCUUGGGCUUCUUCUCCAAAGCUCCCAGCACGAGAAAGCCGGAAGAUGCCAAGGCUGCGGACCGCACAAAUCGAAGCGACGAUCACAGUGAUCCUGCUGGCGAUGAAGAACCGGACGUCGAAAUCGACAGUGAGCCCGAGCGUGACGGACGCGAGCUCGAAGACGGUACGAUCGAGAAUGACAGUCCUCUCUCCCAAGCAGCAAUUGACGAGGAGCGCAAGAAACAGACUCGCCACCAAGCUACUGCUGUCGACUUUGAGCCUCCGGACCCUCGCCUGCCAUCGGGUAUCCUGUCGUUGCAGAUUCAUCAGAUCGCGGGACUCGAGGUCACCGACCAUCACCGCUCCAAGCGACCCCGACGCCAGAACGAGCCUGGUCAGGACGUUGAAGCCGCCGAAACCGAGAACGACCCAGACGAGGCUCCGUCUGCCUACGCUCGCAUCAUUCUGAACGAUGAAAUCGUCUUCCAGACACGAACCAAGGCGCUCAACUCGAAUCCUUUCUACAAUGCCGGAACCGAGCGCUUCAUCCGCGACUGGAGGCGCACGCUCGUCAUGGUCGUCGUAUAUGAUUUCCGAGUACGCGAAGCCGACGCCAUCCUGGGCGUGGUGCCGAUCAAGCUGUCCGAGCUCUUCAAGCAGAGCUCGCAAGUUACGCAGUUCUUCCCUCUCGCCGGCGGUGUCGGCCACGGCCGCAUCCGGCUGUCGCUGCUUUUCCGCCCGAUCCAGCACGCCAGCCGCGCAAGGAAGAAGCUCGGUUGGAAUAUCGGCACGGUCCGCCUGCUCUCUUCGCCCGUGGCGACCGACUUUGACGAGGCCAAAGGUGCGUCCGCUCACGAUGUGCAUCUCGUGGCGCUACGCGCCUCGACGCUGGCAGGCAGCGCCAAGAUCGCGGCCAACCGCGCUAGGUACGUCGACAGAGAGUCAAAAGACGCAGUCGAGUGGCGCUUGGACGAGGCCGAGUUUCCGUACAAGGUGCCUGCGCGCAGAAGAUACGCGGCGCCGUACGUGAUUGAGUUCCGUGCUCUCGGCGCGCUUGGCAAGCGCAAGACGAUCCUGAUGAGCAUCAUCUGGAUGCAGGAUAUGCUCGACGAUGACGUGGCCGACAUGCGCCUGCCCAUCUGGCGACCUUUGCCGGGCAACGACUUCCACCGCCUGCGACAAAACUACCACAACUACAAGAACGAGGCCGAGGCCGAGGCGCUCGGCGUGGAGCGCAUCGGGUAUCUCCACGUCAAGAUGCAGUUCAAGUCGGGGCUGGGCAAGAUUCACACCAAGUUCGACAACAACCCGGGCGCCAAGAUCGUCAUGGACGCAUGGCGGGUGUGCACCGCGCUGGGGCUGAGGAGCGUGUCGGGCGACUUUGCCAAUGCGCGCCUCAACGAGGACGGCUACUUGGAAGACGUCGACGAGGCCGACCGGGAGUCUGAACCUGGCGAGGCGUACUCCUCCGACUCGGACAACGAGGACAACCGGGAGCCGCGAGCCAAGGCGUCAAAGGCGAAUGGUGACCCAACCGUCGGAGAGGAAGGCGGGGAAGCACGAGGCUCGUCGAGCAGCGCGGAUCUGGACACGCCCGAUGGGAGCGGCGUGGAGCGCUCGCGCUCGCUCAAGCAGAAAUUCGCCGAGUGGAAGGCGGAAAAGGACGAGCUGCACCGCCAGCACAAGGGCAUCAAGCAGUACAAGCCCGUGCGUACGCUCGACUGGGUCGGGCAGACGGCCAAAUCGGCAGGUGCUGGGCUCAAGAACAAGUUUGACCUCCAGGACAGAAGGUCGCAGCAUGUAGAGACCGAGCUGUAG